ACUAGGUGUAAACUCUGGUAAACAAAGUGCCAACUUGGACUUGAGUGGCGGUGGGUGUCUAUUGCUGGUUUAGCAGCAUUGCUGAACUACUGGCAGGCACUGAGGCAAUGGUUUGAAAGACCUGGAAGGAAAUUUUCUCUGUAUUCUGGAGCUCAAUCUUUAUCCAGAUAUCAUGGAGCCUGCAUCCUCUAAUUUUUCUGGCUACUGUGUAUGCUUUCUUUUCUUGCAAGUGAUAACAUCAACUUCAGAGAAACUGAUGGUAACUGUUCCCAUGGGGCACUUGGUGGCUAGAGUAGGAGGACAGGCUGCUCUCAGCUGCCAGUUGUUCCCACCACGAAGUGCAGAGCACAUGGAGGUGCGCUGGUUCAGGGGUGACAAUUCCACGCUUGUUCACCUAUACAGAGGUGGUCAUGAAGUAAAUGGAGAAGCUGCCCCCGAAUAUGUAAACCGCACAGAGUUUGUGAAAGAGGCCAUGGGAGAGGGCAAAGUGACCCUCAGAAUUCAUAACGUCAGCAUUUCUGAUGAUGGACUGUACUGGUGUUCAUUUAAAGACGCUAACUUCAGUGAUGCAGCCAGCCUGAACCUAAGCGUGGCAGCACUUGGCUGGGAAACACAGAUCAGUGUUCAGGUUCUGAUUAAUGACGGACUCCUGGUGCAGUGUGACUCAGGAGGGUGGUUCCCACAGCCCCAAAUGGAGUGGAGAGACAGCAGGGGAGAGGUAGUUCCACAUUCAUCAAAAUCGUACUCACAGGAUGGAGCCAGACAGUUCCACAUGAAGAUGACUCUUCUCCUCAGAAACCUGUCAGACAGGAUUAUGUGCUAUGUUUGCAACCCUCUAACAGGUGAAGAGAAACGAACAAGUAUCAUCCUAGCAGGUGCCUUCUUUAAUAUGGACUACCUUAGAAUGAAUAUUGUAAUUUUAUUUCCGUGUAUAAUGUUCCUUUUGCUGUUGAUGUACAUACUCUUCUCUUACUGCACAAAAAAAGGUAAAUGAUGCAACAAGGGGGGAAUCUUUAAGGGCUUUAAAUUGAUGGCUAAGUCACAUGUAGGCAAAGCUGUACCUGAAUGUCAACAGGACAGAUGACAGCAAACCAUUCCAUGGACUGAAAACAAACCACAGAAACAAACAAAAUAAUGUUGCUUCUUUUCCCUAGAGAAGUCACAUGGAAGUCUUAUGAUUCCAGAAUUUUCAGAGUAGAGUUGAAGUGAUGUGAAAUGUCCAAGCGGCCAAUAUUUUGUAAAGAAAGUACACCAUUAUUUUGUAAAGACACCAUUAUUUUGUAAAAGAAUAUUAGAAAAUUGUCUAAUUCCACCACCCACCUGUGAACCACAUACUCUCACAUCUCCCAGCUGCAGAUGGUGGGAGCUGAGGGUACCAGGGUGGCUCUGGCGCUGCCCCCUGGAGGAGACCCGAGUCCCUGAUGAGUCAUUCUCACCAGACAUUAACUGUUCCCUCCUUGCCAGAGAGGCUGGGUCCUCCAGGAAGAACCCUGAGCUUUUACUCAUACUUAAAAGCUAAGUGCAAAGGUGAGCCUAGUGAGUUCUCCACAGUGGAGUCACCGUCUCCGGAACCAAGUCUUUCGGGGUAGAUUUGUUCAAGUGUGACUUCUGGGUUUGUGUUUUCAGUGCUGAGGUGAAGUCCAGCCAGAGGACUUCUGACCCACCCAGAGGUGCUUUAUGAGCAUUGCUGAGAGGCACUAUCUCCUUGUGACAUCCCAAAGUUGAUGUUUUAAGUAAGAGAAGCUUCCCAGCCACUAGGUCUGGACCUCGCAGCUACUGGUGGCACAUCCACAUGCAGCACCCGAGGAUCUCUCAUGGUCUUCCUCUCGACCUGCUUUAGCUCCAGCCACUCCUCCUGGACUCCCUUUCUCUCUCUGUGGGACCUGCCAUAUUUUAGGUGCCACCACUGGUGCUUGGUGCUAUUUGAUCAGCUGUCUAUACAACUGUAUUUCUUCUCCCCAUUUGUGGUGAGAGCAGCAGUGCUGUGGAGAAGAGUCUCAGAAAUAAGUGCCCUGUGCUGAGGCUCUGGAAGCCUCUGGGUCACUUUCUGAUUUGCAAAGGGAAGUUUCUUCGACCUUCAGAAUGAAGUCUUGCACAAAGGUUGACUACAAAACAAUGAAAUUGAUUGGAAAGGAAACAAGGGCAAGAGUGGUGUUUCUGUGCAAAAAUUCGAUAGGUUGAAAGAAGAUCAAAUCCCUGAAAUUGAAUCAUAUAUGAUAAUUUCAAUCAAAAAUAAAAGAAACAGUCAGUCAAAAUGAAGUUGAUUCAACUUCCACAUCAAACUCUUCAGAGAUGAAUGAAUCCUGUCAGUCUUGCUCUAAGAUACAUUUAAUUCAACCACUGUCUUCUUGCCCACACAGAAGCCCAUUAGUUUUCAAUAUUACAACUUCUUUGCUUCAGGUUUUUGAAUAAACUAAUAUGAAAUGCUGAUAUAUAAUGGAAACCAAUAACAGGUGCUUUAUAAACAUAUUCUUUUCUCCUGAUUUUAUGAAUUUUGAAAUUAUACAGUGAUCCAUCAGCUACAGAUAUCAGAUACUUCUAAGUACAAUCCUUUCCCCAAUAUAUAACCAAAUUUAUAUAUGUAUAUAACCAAAUUUUUCCAAGUGAUACCACUGUACAACCAAGUAAAACUGUUAGAUGUGAAGGAUAUGAAUUGAAAGAUCAGGUAGUCAACAUAACAGAAAAUAACAAUGAGAUACUUCAUUGAGAAGCAUCAUUCAAAGUGAUAGGAGAUGGAUA